UCAGGUACGGCCCCAGCAGCACCUCCCGCCGCUCGGACACGCACGUCUGGAACGCGGCGAGAACCUCCCGCAGGCUGAACGCGCCCGCAGCGCCCGCAGCGCCCGCCAUGGCCGCGCACCCCCGCUCGCCUCACGUGACCCGCGGCUCCGUCAAUCCGCGGCGGGCCUCGCCUCAUGUGACUCAAGGCUCCACCAAUCCGCGGCGGCCCCGCCCUGGCGGGCGGUUCUGAGGAGCCGGGGACGAGGCGGAAGAAGUUGGGCCUCUGCUUGAGUCUUCUGGCUGAAACACAGUUGCAAUGGCGGGUGUGAAAACGGCGCAAUCUGCGCUUCUUUUGGCCCCCGUUGGACUGGUUCUGGAAUAAUUUCCCACGCAGUUUGAGAUUUAGAGUUUGUUAAAAUGCCUGAAAUAAAAGUCACCCCCUUGGGGGCUGGCCAGGACGUGGGACGCAGCUGCAUCCUCGUGUCCAUCGCCGGGAAGAACGUGAUGCUGGACUGCGGGAUGCACAUGGGCUACAACGAUGAUAGACGCUUCCCUGACUUUUCGUACAUCACUCAGAACGGGAGGCUGACUGACUUUCUAGACUGCGUGAUCAUCAGCCACUUUCACUUGGACCAUUGUGGAGCGUUACCGUAUUUCAGCGAGAUGGUGGGUUACGACGGGCCCAUUUACAUGACGCACCCCACCAAGGCCAUCUGCCCCAUCCUCCUGGAGGACUACAGGAAAAUCACCGUGGAUAAAAAAGGAGAAACCAACUUCUUCACUUCCCAAAUGAUUAAAGACUGCAUGAAAAAAGUGGUUGCUGUGCAUCUCCACCAGACCGUUCAGGUGGAUGAGGAGCUGGAGAUCAAGGCGUACUACGCCGGCCACGUGCUUGGAGCAGCCAUGUUCCAGAUCAAAGUUGGCUGCGAGUCAGUCGUGUACACUGGUGAUUAUAACAUGACACCAGACAGACAUUUAGGCGCUGCCUGGAUUGAUAAGUGUCGCCCGGAUUUAUUAAUAACUGAAUCCACCUACGCCACAACUAUCAGAGAUUCCAAACGCUGCAGAGAAAGAGAUUUCUUGAAGAAAGUUCACGAGACUGUCGAAAGAGGAGGGAAGGUUCUUAUCCCAGUUUUUGCCCUUGGACGCGCCCAGGAACUUUGCAUUUUAUUGGAGACUUUCUGGGAAAGAAUGAACUUGAAGGCUCCAAUUUAUUUUUCCACGGGACUGACGGAGAAGGCCAAUCAUUAUUACAAGCUCUUCAUCACCUGGACUAAUCAGAAAAUCCGGAAAACGUUUGUGCAGAGGAACAUGUUUGAAUUCAAACACAUCAAAGCGUUUGAUCGGGCCUUUGCAGACAACCCGGGACCGAUGGUUGUGUUUGCGACCCCUGGGAUGCUUCACGCAGGACAGUCCCUCCAGAUCUUCAGGAAAUGGGCAGGGAAUGAAAAGAACAUGGUCAUCAUGCCCGGCUACUGCGUGCAGGGAACCGUGGGCCACAAGAUUCUGAGUGGACAGCGCAAGCUGGAAAUGGAAGGAAGACAAAUACUGGAGGUGAAGAUGCAGGUGGAGUACAUGUCCUUCAGCGCCCACGCCGAUGCCAAGGGCAUCAUGCAGCUCAUUCGCCAGGCUGAGCCGCGCAACGUGCUCCUGGUCCACGGCGAAGCCAAGAAAAUGGAGUUUCUGAAACAGAAAAUCGAGCAGGAGUUCCAUGUCAACUGCUACAUGCCCGCGAACGGAGAGACCACCACGAUCUUCACCAACCCCAGCAUUCCCGUCGACAUCUCGCUGGGGCUCCUCAAGAGAGAAACAGCAACAGGUCUCUUACCAGAUUCCAAGAAGCCAAAGCUGAUGCACGGCACCUUAAUGAUGAAGGAUAACAGCUUCCGCCUGGUUUCCCCCGAGCAGGCGCUGAAGGAGCUGGGACUGACGGAACAUCAGCUGCGCUUCACCUGCCGCGUCCACAUCCAGGAUCCGCGGAAAGAACACGAGACCGUGCUCCGUGUCUACAACCACCUCAAAGGGGUCCUGAAAGAUUAUUCCGUGCAGCAUCUCCCUGACGGCUCCAUAACAGUCGAGUCCAUUCUUAUCCAGGCCACGGCGCACUCGGAGGAUCAAGGAACCAAAGUUCUGCUUGUGUCCUGGACUUACCAGGACGAGGAGCUGGGCAGUUUUCUCACAUCCCUGCUGAAAAAAGGGCUUCCCCAGAGCACGGCCUGAGCCCCAGCGCCGCUUCCAAGACACAUUUUAUUUUGUUUACAUUGUCAAUGUUUUUUCCUAUUUUAAUAAAGCGAUUACGGCGUUUGUCCAA